AAUGCAGUUACCUAGUGAAACUAGGAUCUUAUAGCUUCACCACCUUAAACAAUAUGUAGUUAUUGUAGGAAUUGUCCCCUGUAGGCAUUUUUGAAAAAUGAACCUUUUAAUGACCAUUUACAAAAAAAAAAUAAUUUGAGGAUACAGCAUAUUGUAAAUACACCACAGUUUAGACCUACACCAUAUAGUGCAUAAAACAUGUCUGCCUUUCCCGUAAACAAGCUAAAAACCAAUGUGAAUCAAUGGAAGGUUUGUUUGCACCUCUCUCUUUCUCUUGUAUUUUGCUGUCAUUGUUUCUGUAGCACAGCCAAAUCAAACAAAAGUUUCUUUUAUCAUGACUGUUAGACCCUUGCUCUGUUACUAGAAAGGCAUUGCAACUGUAGCCAUAAAAACUACGGACAGAAAAAAAACCUGCUGUAUAAUUUUAGUGAAGGUGCUAUAAUUGACAUCUCCAUGUCUGUCAUGGCUGGAAAAGUUAUAAUAAUUUGCCUGCUGUGGGCAUGUGUGAGUGUGUGUGAAUGUGAGCCGGCCAUGUUUGGAGAAGUGUCUUCUCCACAUUAUCCUCAACCAUAUCCAGCGAAUCUCGAAGAGCAAUGGGUCUUGGAGGUGCCUCAAGGCUACCAGAUCCAGCUAACGUUCAAUCAUGUGGACAUUGAGCCCUCUCCAAAUUGUUACUACGAUUCUGUCUCGGUUGUGUCUGAUGAGAAGGUUCUGGGAAAGUUCUGUGGUCAGAAUUCCACCUAUAGUUUUCACCCAGGUGAAAAGCCCAUCUUGGCUCCUGGUAACCGUCUCCAGCUGUUUUUUCUCACAGACAACUCAAAUCAUGAGUCACACUUGGGAUUCACUGCAUUUUACCAGGCUGUUGACAUAGAUGAGUGUUCCUCUAUCUGUGUGGAAAACGAUCCACCUUGUUCACAUAUAUGCCUCAACACUCUUGGCUCCUACCUCUGUGCAUGUCACCAUGGUUACACGCUAAGGUCUGACCAUCGCACCUGCGCCUUGGACUGUGGAGGUGGGGUGCACAGUGAACUAGAGGGGACCAUCUCCAGUCCUGGUUACCCUGACAUGUCCCCGCAUGAUCUGGACUGUGUCUACAGCAUCUCUGUGGAGCCAGGCUUCAUUAUCACUCUCAACUUUAGCCAGACCUUCCACAUAGAGCAGGUCUACAAUCAAGGACCAGCCUGCCUCUUCCACUGGCUGCAAGUGUCUGUUCUAGGAAAAGAUUCCCAGAAGUACUGCGGAGGAAACAGUCCUGGCGUCCUGGAUACGGGCACUCACUCCGUCCAGCUGGAGUAUCACACCGACAGAUACGGACAGAGCCAGGGGUGGAGCUUACAUUACACCACACAGAGGGUGGAGUGUCCACAUCCGGGCAGUAUCAGCAAUGGAAGAGUCACACCACAUUUUACCAAUUACUUGUACAGAGACUACAUUCAUGUGCGCUGUAACCCAGGAUACAAGCUCAUGAUGGGAGAGAAAGAGAUUCCAAGUUUUAAGUCCGUGUGUCAGAGUAAUGGACAAUGGCAUUUGACACUACCAGAGUGCAAGAUUAUUGACUGUGGAGAUCCAAAGCCGCUGCUAAAUGGAGUCGUUGAGUUUAUCAGUGGAGAAAACAACGAAUAUCUCUCUGUCAUAGAGUAUCACUGCAAUGAGCCUUACUACAGAUUUAAGGAUACUCCUAAAGUAAGAUACAGGUGUGCAGUAGACCGGAAAUGGACAGGAGACCACAACAAUGAUGUUAUUCCUCCUUGUUAUCUUGUGUGUGGAAUGAAUACAGAGGUCUCUUUUGGUGGCAGAGUCUUUGGUGGAAAGCCAGCCAGACCUGGGCAGAUUCCCUGGCAGCUUUUCCAUAGGUCAACUCCCAGAGGUGGUGCAUCUCUGAUCAAUGAUUACUGGGCUCUAACAGCUGCUCAUGUAGUGGAUGGAUACGAAGAAACCACCAUGAAUUGGUUAGGGGGAAUAAUUGAUGGUCAAGACAAAAACCCAGUCACUAUGGAGACAGAGAAGAUCAUAAUUCACCCAAAUUAUCGCAGGGUUGGUCAGCAUGGUUUUCCAACCAACUUUGAUAAUGACAUUGCUCUGAUCAAAAUGUCUGCCAGGGUGCCACUUGGUCCAAACAUCAGGCCAGUGUGUCUGCCAAACAAAACAAUCGAACCUGUCAUGGAGGGCACAAUGGGUACAAUAUCGGGUUUUGGAAGGUUUGAGCGCGGCUUUAGUAAAAUUUUACGUUAUGGGCAUGUUCAGGAAUAUCCUCUUGAUGAGUGUACUUCAUUGAACCUGCCUGUCACUGAAAACAUGUUCUGUGCUGGAGAUGAUGUUAAAAGUGUUGACAGUUGCCCAGGUGAUGCUGGAAGUCCUCUGUUCUUUCCCAUGUUGGGCUACGGAACCAAAGAGCAGCCCUAUGAGUUGAGGGGCAUUGUAUCAUGGGGUCCUCCUGGAUGUGGUAAUGAAUACUCUAAAAGUUUCUACACAAAAUUGCAGAACUACCUAGACUGGAUCAGAGAAAUUAUGGCAAAUAAUUGACAUGACAAGAGCUCUCUGUCAAUCAUUAUUCAGUACAGUUAUCCAUUAUUGAAAUAAAACUAAAACAAUAAAUAUUUACAUUAAAAUAAACAUUUACUGAAAUAAAAUCAUAUAUAUAUAUUUUUAACGAACUAUUUUUUUUAUAUGUUUAACUAAAACAUAUAAAAA